AUUCAUUCAGACUGACCUGUUUCGAAAAUGCUAUAAUGGAAAGUGAGGAACUGGAUUCAGAUCUGUUUACGAAUUGGGUUCGAGGCUCAAAAGGACUAGAAUACUUACAGGAAGGUCUUCAAGAAUUUGUUGGAGAAAAGGUACUGCAAUGUCGUGACAAUACCCUUCAAAAGAUAGUUUUGACACUACCAUCUGGAUCACCACAGCAGUGCAACCAGUGUACGUCACAUAAUCUGUCUCCAGAUCAUUUCAACACUACAAAGGCAUGUAGCAGACGCACAUGUACCCAAAAGAGUUCCACCAACUGUUUUGGAAGCAGACCUGUCGGGCGUAGGAAAUGCCCUGGUGGCAUUUGUAGUAAAUUCUACGACUCAAUUAUACAGGAGCAUGUAUUUGAAGACCCCUUAUGGAAAAACACUGACCCAAGCACGUGGUGUUCGGAUCCUUAUGGGUGGAGUUAUGCAAAAUGUUUCCAAACAACUAAAGAUCCAGGGACAUCAGCUAAAGAUACUGAUGCUGCUGGUCUCUUAAGCAUUAUUUUAAACAACAAGUCAAUGCAAAACUUUGUGACCAGUAUUAAUCCUCAUAACAAUACUAGUUCGUUUCAUUUGGCGAGAGAUAUUCGUAAUAAAAUGUUACAUAGCUCAAAGCUUGAAAUAGACGAAACAACUGUGUGUUCCUAUUUGGACGUGUUCAUUGUAGUUCUUCAAGAUCCAAAGUGUCUGAUUAACGACGAGGCAUCAAAGAAAGCGGUUCUUAAACUAACACAGUUAAGAAACAACACAAUACACAUAAGCCAAGGAGACACAGUGUCACUUCUUGAGAACAGAAAUAAGGCGUUAACCGAACUUGACGAAAGAACAGCAGAAUCAUUGCGUAAACUUGAUGAGAAAGCAUUAGCUGUACGUAAUACAUUAAAAAAAGAUGUUGAUGAAUUUAAGAAUGCCGCUUUAGUUGAUGUUGAAAACGUUGGAACAUCGGUUAAGCAAACAAUUGUGGCAGAGGUUACUGCAGCCGGGGAUCAGACAUUGCAAGAUAUUGCUGGGAAGACUACUGAAGGUAUAUCUAAAAUAAACACAGCCGGGGAUCAGACAUUACAAGACAUUGCUGUGAAUACUACUGAUGGUAUAUCUAAAAUAAACACAGCCGGGGAUCAGGCAUUACAAGACAUUGCUGGAAAUACUACUGAUGGUAUAUCUAAAAUAAACACAGCCGGGGAUCAGGCAAUACAAGACAUUGCUGGAAAUACUACUGACGGUAUAUCUAAAAUAAACACAGCCGGGGAUCAGACAUUACAAGACAUUGCUGGUAAUACUACUGAUGGUAUAUCUAAAAUAAACACAGCCGGGGAUCAGGCAUUACAAGACAUUGCUGGGAAUACUUUUGAUGGUAUAUCUAAAAUAAACGUAGCCGGGGAUCAGGCAAUACAAGACAUUGCUGAGAAUACUACUGAUGGUGUAUCUAAAAUAAACACAGCCGGGAAAAAGGCAUUGCAAGACAUAUCCGAGGCAAAAACCGAUAUUGAUGGACAGAAAAUCCAAGCUAUCUCCGAUUUUUGUAAUGCAAAAGACGAUGUUUUAUCUGAAAUCACCAAGGCUGCUAAAGAAGCAAAAGCAGAUGUUUUAAUGGGGGCUAGUGCUGCUUCAUCUGAUAUUAGCGGACAUGCUGUUUCAAGAAAAUCAUUUUUCCAAAAAGGCCUUAUAAAGCUCAAAAGUGUGUUUAGCUCUUCAAGUCCACAGUCACCCUUAAAGGGAUCGCCAAGCCGAUCAAAGACAGCUUCAA